CACCAGCCACUGUCGAAGCCGCACGUCAUAAGUUUACCAAACAUUUUGCCGCGGAAAACAUUGUAAACAAAAAGUGUAGUUUCCAAGUAAUUGAUUUUGUCUGUAAAUCUAAUCAAUCAUGAAGGCCGUAAUUGGUUUUGUGAUGCUCAUGCUAGGAGUAGUGUCAACAGACAUGGCUGGGGAGUGUGAUAUGGCCAGCUUCUACACAGAGUUGGGGUGCACACCAGUGGCUCGAGCUGACGGCGGCCUCUGUCCUGAGUCCUUCACCUGCCCAGACCUGCAUCCUGAUCCCACUAAAUGUUAUUACAAAGGUGUGGCGUACGCUGACAGAUCGCCGAUACCUCAGCCACUGAUCAGUAACCCUUGCUCGCAAGCCUGCAGUUGCAGCGUGUUCGCCGGGGAGCCACAGUUCAGCUGCGCGGCCGUUGACUGUGUGGAGACCUUCGACAAUGAUAUGCAGCAGCAAUGUAUCUAUACGUAUGAAGUAGACUCGUGUUGCAGUACUGGCACUGUUUGUGGCAAAGACGCAAUAGCCCAGCUAAAGACAUGUGAAGUGGAUGGGAAGACUUACCGCGAGGGUGAGACAUACCAGCCCAAGGACACACGUAAGACUUGUGUGUGUACUGCGGACUUCAACGCGACUGAUAACUCUGCCAACUGCCGGGACAUCAACUGCGGUAUCGAGAUCCACUACCAGUCCGAUUUACUGCAGAACUGCGCUCCUGUCUUCCCUGGCAACAUGCGCGGAUGUCCUAUCGGUUUCGAGUGCCAAAAUGCAAAGACCAAAGUCGUUCGUGGUCUCAACAUUCGAAACCUGACGGCCUCCUGCGUGUUUGGCAACACGACCCUGAUCGUUGGAGACGAGGUGACAGUUGAGGACGCUUGCACUAAAUGUACCUGCACUGUUCCACCUUUUGUCACUUGUAUGAGAAAGAAUACUUGUGACCAUACGAACUAAAUCUCAAGAAGGACUGAAGAAUGGAUGG